AUGCAUAAACGUUAUUCGGCUUCGGGUUAUCCUUCAAAAAUUAAGAUGCCACCUAACGUCGUCCAACCAAGCGGACAACAUUUUGCAAACACGUUUUCUGUGGUUCCUAGUGAAGACGUGCUCAAAUACUAUGAAUGUAGAGAGGGCUGCUCGAAUUGUUGUGGACCACAAACAACUGUUGCCUUGACUAAUCAGCGAUUGGUUAUACGCAGUGAACAAUCGACUGGGUGCUGCUGCAAAACACAUGCUGAUUCUGCUAUCUUUCUGGAAGACAUUCAAAUCAUGCGUGAAGCUGCUAACACUACCUCGUGUAGAUGUUUGCCUUUAUUAAUUGCUUGUCUGACAUGCACAUGGCCGCUAUUUCUUUGUCAGUUAUGCUGCGCUUCAUGUUGUGGUGACCGACCAAAAAUUCUUCAAUUUGCAGUUGGAGGUGGUAAUGAAAAUGUUACUUUCAAAAUCCAAGACGCGCCCAUGGCUGCGAUUGACAUAUCGCAAGCCAUUCUGGCUGCCAAAGGAAAUGCAGCACGUCAUUAUCACUAUUGA